CCCACAGACAAACACAUACAUACAUACCACACUGACACAAACACAGUGAGUGUCACACACUAUUUAUACUUCAUCAGUUCAUCCCACCUUGUUUUCCAUUUUCUGUGUUCGCUUCUUGCUUACACGUUGAAUUUCCCACCAAACCCGUGCCUAGAUUGAUUCUCUUUCACCUUUUUUCACAGUCCAUUUUCACCUUGCUAUAGCAAAUGCAAGAUAGUGUCAGUAACAGAACAACCCCAGUUCUUUUAUCUGUUAGAAAACUUGGUUUCUCAAGAAAAGUCCCUUUCUUAAUCCCUUUCUUAAUCCAUCUCUUAAUAACUGCAAUUUAGUAAUGUGGGGUAGGUGGGUGUUUCAUGAUGUUGAGUGUGUGUGUGUGUGUUCAAUGUAAAGUUGUGUUCUUUGUGAUCUUUUGUGAGAUGGGUCUCUCCUGUUUUUGAAGAUUCAGGUGGUGGUAUUGAGUGAGUGCUGCAUUCAAUGGACACCAAUGGGAGACUAAUUGCAGGUUCACACAACAGGAAUGAGUUUGUUCUUAUCAAUGCUGAUGAAACUGCAAGAGUCAAUGCUGUUACAGAAUUGAGUGGGCAAAUUUGCCAGAUCUGUGGUGAUGAGAUAGAGGUGACAGUGGAUGGGGAACCAUUUGUUGCUUGCAAUGAAUGUGCGUUCCCCGUGUGCAGACCUUGCUAUGAGUAUGAAAGAAGAGAGGGGAACAAAGUUUGCCCUCAGUGUAAAACCAAAUACAAGCGCAUAAAGGGUAGUCCUAGAGUUGAGGGUGAUGAAGAAGAGGAUGGUGUUGAUGAUUUGGAAAAUGAGUUUGACAUUGGAAGCAAUAUCAGGUGCGACCAUCAUCACAUUGCUGAGGCCGUGCUCUCUGCUCGCCUCAACACUGGUCGUAGUUCACAAAUGGAUGCUUCAAGAGUCACUACGCCAUCGGAGUUUGAUGCGGUUUCUGUGGCUGCUGAUAUUCCUCUCCUGACAUAUGAUAACGAGGAUGUUGGCAUUUCUGCUGAUAAACAUGCGGUCAUUAUUCCUCCAUUUGUGUCUCGUGGGAGACGGGUUCAUCCUAUGCAUUUUCCUGAUUCAACUGUGCCGGUUCAACCCAGAGCUAUGGAUCCUAAAAAAGAUUUAGCUGUUUAUGGAUAUGGAAGUGUUGCAUGGAAGGAACGAAUGGAGGAAUGGAAGAAAAAGCAGAAUGAAAAACUUGAGGAGGUUAAGGACAAAGGGGGUAAGAACUGUGAAAUAAAUGGUGACCAGAUUGAUGACCCUGAUUUGCCAAAAAUGGAUGAAGGGAGACAGCCACUGUGGAGGAAGCUUCCUAUUAGUCCAAGCAAGAUAAAUCCAUAUCGAAUUAUAAUAGUGCUCCGAAUUGCUGUUCUUGGCCUCUUUUUUCAUUAUAGAAUCCUCCAUCCAGUCAACGAUGCAUACGCAUUGUGGCUUACAUCAGUAAUAUGUGAAAUCUGGUUUGCUGUGUCAUGGAUUCUGGAUCAGUUUCCAAAAUGGUGCCCAGUUGAGCGAGAAACGUACCUUGAUCGUUUGUCACUAAGGUAUGAGAAAGAAGGAAAGCCAUCUGAAUUAGCUGAUAUAGACAUAUUUGUUAGCACAGUAGAUCCUUUGAAAGAGCCUCCACUUAUAACUGCAAACACGGUUCUGUCCAUCCUAGCUGUAGAUUAUCCAGUGGGAAAAGUUUCAUGCUAUGUGUCCGAUGAUGGUGCAGCUAUGCUCACAUUUGAAGCCCUUUCGGAGACAUCCGAGUUUGCAAGAAAGUGGGUUCCAUUCUGUAAGAAGUUUAGCAUUGAGCCACGGGCUCCUGAAUGGUAUUUUGCUCACACGGUUGACUAUCUGAAGCACAAAGUGGAUGCAUCAUUCAUAAGGGAGCGCCGCGCUAUCAAGAGAGAAUAUGAAGAGUUCAAAGUGCGGAUUAAUGCACUGGUUGCAACGGCACAGAAGGUUCCUGAGGAUGGCUGGACAAUGCAGGAUGGGACUCCAUGGCCCGGAAACAAUGUCCGAGAUCAUCCUGGAAUGAUUCAGGUUUUCCUUGGCCAAAAUGGUGUUCAUGAUGUUGAGGGGAAUGAGUUACCUCGUCUUGUCUACGUGUCUCGAGAGAAAAGGCCUGGAUUUGAACACCACAAAAAAGCUGGUGCUAUGAAUUCCUUGGUGCGAGUCUCCGCAGUGAUAUCAAAUGCUCCUUACCUACUUAAUGUCGAUUGUGAUCACUACAUAAACAACAGUAAGGCUCUUCGUGAAGCCAUGUGUUUCAUGAUGGAUCCUACAUCAGGGAAAAAAAUAUGCUAUGUUCAGUUUCCUCAAAGAUUUGAUGGCAUUGAUCGUCAUGAUAGAUACUCAAAUCGCAAUGUUGUGUUCUUUGAUAUCAACAUGAAAGGUUUAGAUGGCAUCCAAGGACCAAUAUAUGUAGGAACGGGGUGUGUCUUCAGGCGGCAGGCACUCUAUGGAUAUGAUGCCCCUGCUAAGAAGAAACCGCCAACAAAGACAUGUAACUGUUUUCCCAAAUGGUGCUGCCUGUGUAGUGGAUCUCGGAAGAAGAAUAGGAAUGUGAAAAUGAGUCCGAGAAAGAAGAUAAAGAAUAAGGAUGUUACAAAGCAAAUACAUGCACUAGAAAGUAUUGAAGAGGGAAUUGAAGGAAUCGACAGUGAGAAGUCAUCACUAAUGUCACAGCUAAAAUUUGAGAAGAAAUUCGGGCAAUCAGCUGUUUUCAUUGCUUCAACUCUUAUGGAAGAUGGGGGCUUUCUGAAGGGAGCAUCUUCUGCAUCACUCUUGAAAGAAGCCAUCCAUGUUAUUAGUUGUGGAUAUGAAGAUAAGACAGAGUGGGGGAAAGAGGUUGGAUGGAUAUAUGGUUCUGUCACAGAGGAUAUUUUAACAGGUUUCAAGAUGCACUGCCACGGUUGGCGAUCCGUGUACUGCAUGCCUAAAAGGCCUGCUUUCAAGGGUUCAGCUCCCAUAAAUCUCUCGGAUCGUCUGAACCAAGUUCUCCGGUGGGCACUUGGAUCGGUUGAGAUCCUGCUGAGCAGGCAUUGUCCUAUAUGGUAUGGAUACGGCUGUGGCUUAAAAUGGUUGGAGCGCUUAUCUUACAUAAACUCAGUGGUUUAUCCUUUGACAUCAAUUCCCUUAAUUGCCUAUUGUACCUUGCCUGCUGUCUGUCUUCUCACCGGGAAGUUCAUAGUACCUGAGAUUAGCAACUAUGCUAGCAUCAUUUUCAUGGCACUCUUCAUCUUUAUAGCUGCAACUAGCAUCCUGGAAAUGCAAUGGGGUGGUGUUGGCAUCCAUGACUGGUGGAGGAAUGAACAAUUCUGGGUCAUCGGUGGCGCCUCCUCGCAUCUCUUUGCUCUCUUUCAAGGAUUGCUUAAGGUUCUUGCAGGAGUUAACACAAAUUUCACUGUCACAUCCAAGGCUGCAGAUGAUGGAGAAUUUGCUGAGCUCUACCUCUUCAAGUGGACAUCAUUGUUGAUCCCUCCUUUGACCUUGCUUAUCAUAAACAUAAUUGGAGUUAUUGUAGGUGUUUCAGAUGCAAUAAACAAUGGCUAUGAGACAUGGGGUCCUCUGUUUGGUAAGCUUUUCUUUGCUCUAUGGGUCAUUGUCCAUCUAUACCCUUUCCUCAAGGGAGUUAUGGGAAAACAUGAAGGUGCUCCUACCAUAAUUUUGGUCUGGUCUAUUCUUCUUGCUUCAAUCUUCUCACUUCUUUGGGUGCGGAUCAACCCGUUUUUGGCUAAAGGUGACAUUGUGUUGGAACUUUGUGGGUUGAAUUGUGACUAGGAAAUGGGAGACUUAAUGCAUGUUUGGAAAUUCUUCCACGGUUGAUUUUGAAGUUAGAAUCAAUUCUGGAAAGAAACAUCUGUGAGUAGCACAGUCUGUUGAAAGAGAAUAUGAUCCAAACAUGUGGUUAGAUGGUUAGAUAUAUUUAUAUACAGAAAAUAUCUGCAAUAUGCAUGAAAUUGUGGUAAGAACUCCCUGCAUGCAGCACAGUCUGUUGAUGACAGCCAAAGGGGCAACGGCAGCAGGUUCAUGUAGAUACAUAGAGCUAUGGCCUGACUCACAAAAAAAACAUUUGAUUUUAGAGUUCCAUUAUUUUUUGUCAUACAUGUUUAUUCUGUGGGUUUAAAAGAUUGAGCCCCCAGAUUACUUUGUAGUGGCAGGGGAAGUAUGGUGGUUGUAAUUUGUAAUCAGAAGUGUUUCCAAAUAGAAGAAAUAGGAUCUAUAGUGGUUUUGUUCUCACUCUCUUGCAUAAUUCUUGCACAUUUAACAAGGCUACCUGUGGAUACCUAUUCGCA